AAAUUCUAACAAACCCAAAAAAGUUCUCUAUGCGCCCAAAAACAAAGCACGAGUAUGGAGGGACAUGACCCACUUUGAUUUAGAGGAGGCUCAAAACCUUCAAUUCCAUGGAAAUCCCUGACCCAUCCAACCAAAUGGCUUCCUCUUCCAAUCCCACCGCCCCUAUUCGCGGUUCAUUCCACCGCCGAGCCCAUUCCGAGGUCCAUUUCCGGAUUCCGAGUGAUCUCGAUCUCGUCUCGGACCCUUUCGAUGGCCCCUCUUCUGGAUUUGGAGAUCUGGGCUUCGAGGAUGAUCUAUUGUGCACCUUUAUGGACAUUGAGAAGAUCGGAUCCAAAAUCGACAAUGGGUCGUCGUCGAAAUCUGAAGGGGCAGACGGCGGCGGUGCUACGGCGGAGAAUGUCGAUGGGGAGAAAAUCUCCCGCCCGAGACACCGUCAUAGCAAUUCCGCUGAUGGGUCUUCCAUUAUGGAGUCUAUUGAGGCUAAGAAGGCCAUGGAUCCCGAUAAACUUGCAGAGUUGUGGACUAUUGAUCCUAAGCGAGCUAAGAGGAUUUUGGCGAAUAGACAGUCUGCUGCUCGGUCGAAAGAGAGGAAAGCUCGCUACAUAAUGGAGCUUGAGAGAAAAGUUCAAAGCCUUCAAACCGAAGCGACAACUCUUUCUGCGCAGCUCACAUUGUACCAGAGAGAUACCACAGGGCUUUCAACCGAAAACACCGAGCUCAAACUUCGCUUACAAACUAUGGAACAGCAAGCGCAUUUACGUGACGCUCUUAACGAAGCAUUGAAAAAGGAAGUCGAGCGCCUUAAGAUUGCGACGGGGGAACUAAUGACAGCUACAGAUUCAUAUAACUUCGGAAUGCUUCAAGUUUCACAUCCCCAAUCUUGCUUUCAGCCCCAACCGCAACCCGAACGACACAACCCGCAAAGGACUCAAAGACCCCAAGUUCAUCCAUUCCAUUCUAGUUUACCAAACCCGCAUCAAGCUAUGUUCGUUGCAUCCCACCAACCACACGCCUUGACAGAAAUGUUUCAGCAGGAUCCUAUCAGCCGAUUGCAGGGUCUCGAUAUCGGUAGCCAAGGCGCAGAAAUAUAGCCCGAAACCUCCUCCAUAUCCAUUUGUGAAAGUAGCAGCACAUUUUAACCCAAUUUUUUCGCCAACCUACGCAUCGACCUCCCCGUAACGAAAAAAAGGUGGCUUGUUCAUAGAUUGACCCUGUUAACAGACAAUCUUUUUCCACAUUCAUAUGUCGUUCGUUCGUUCCUUCCUUCCUUCGUCAUACUCGACGGGAUAGAAAAAAUCAUUCUUGUGAUCUAAAGAUAAGCUCUCUUGGUUGAAUCUCUGUUUCAUACUCCCAUUUUACUCUCACUCUUGAUCCUCUUUCAAGCAAUUCAUCAUGUUCUUCAUUCUUUAUUAAGCUCA